AUGACGACGGCAGCUUUCCGAUACAUUGAUCCAUCUUCCUACGAUCCAUAUGCCACCAGGCCUUUCGAGAAACCUUGGAACAAAGUUGAUGGGCCUGGUUCUUCGUUCAAAUUGAAAGAGGUAGACUGCCAAGUGGAGAACCUUCGUGGCCAGGAGACGGAGUUCUCUGUGGACAAUGCCGGAUUUGCCAUCUACACUGCCCCUGCAAAUGAAACUUCCUUCACAGAUGAAGAACAAGUGACAUCAUCGUACUUCGCGGAAGUCGAAAAUCUUCUCCGGGAGAAGCUGCCAGGCAUCAAGCAGAUUGUGAUAUUUGACCACACAAUCAGACGCAGAGGGGUAGGAUCGGCUCGCAACCCCGUUUGCCUGGUCCAUGUGGAUCAAACGCCCGCCGCUGCCGAAGCCAGAGUCCGUCGACAUUUGCCAGAUGAGGAAGCCAGAGAACUGUUGAAAUGUCGUUAUCAGAUCAUCAAUGUUUGGAGGCCGAUUGAGAAUCCGGCAUCGGACUUUCCUCUUGCUGUCAUUGAUUGGAGAAGCACAACCCCGUCUGACUAUGUCAAGGUUAACCUCCUCUAUCCAAAGGAACAUCAGGAACCGGGGGCUGUUCCCUCUAGCCCAAGCUCAGCGUCUACAGAGGGCUAUGAAGUCAAGGGGGAGCAAUAUGCCGUGGCUCCAAACAAAGGACACCGCUUCUUUUAUGCCAAGGAUAUGAGGCCAGAGGAAGUAAUGCUCAUCAAAUGUUUUGAUUCAAACAGUCAUGCUAUGACAGACGGAGCGACUGAUAUCGCUCAUGGGGCAUGUCAUACGGCAUUUGAUGAUCCCCAGACACCGCCUGGAUCACCUGCUAGGCAAAGCAUCGAAGUUAGGUGUUUAGUUUUCUACGACUAG